GUUGGAGACCCACAGGAAGUGAACGGCAUCGUCGGUGUAUUCUGUAAUUCAAAGAGAGAACCUCUGCUCAUCGGUUCCACCAAAUCCAACAUGGGUCAUCCAGAACCGGCUUCUGGUCUUGCUGCUUUGGCAAAGGUGUGCCUUUCUUUGGAGCGAGGAGUCUGGGCGCCCAACCUGCACUUCAACAGUCCAAACACUGACAUCCCCAGCUCUCACACGGCCGACUUCAAAGUUGUUGACCACCCAAUUCCUGUCCGAGGACAUUGUUGUCAACUCUUUUGGAUUUGGGGUUCAAAUGUUCACGUGAUCCUUCGUCCAGCUGAGAAACCAGCUGAUGCCACCACACCACCCAGGACCGUUCCCAGGGUGCUUCAAGUGUGUGGCCGCACAGAAGCUGCCGUGAAUGUCUUGCUGCAGAAGGGUAAGGAGCACGCUGCAGAUAACAACUUCCUGUCUCUGCUGAACGAAGUGUCAGGAGCUCCUACAGGCAGCAUGCCAUACAGAGGUUACACUCUGAUCGACUCUCAGAGCGACAUCAUGGAAGUGCAGCAGGUGCAGGGCGCUGCCAGACCGCUAUGGUACAUCUGUUCAGGUAUGGGAACGCAGUGGGCAGGUAUGGGUCGUAGUCUCAUGCAGCUUCCAGAGUUCAGAGAGUCGAUACUGCGAUCUGAUGCCGCGCUGAAGGACACCGGCCUGGUUGUGUCUCGUCUGCUCAUGGAGGCAGAUGAUUCCGCUUUGGAAGACACUGUUCACGCCUUCGUCGGCCUCGCCGCCAUACAGAUAGCUGAGAUCGACCUGCUCACUAAGCUGGGUCUAAAACCUGACGGCAUCAUAGGACACUCGGUGGGAGAGCUGGCCUGCGGCUACGCUGACGGCUCCCUCAGCCACAGCGAGGCCGUCCUGGCUGCUUACUGGAGAGGACGCUGCAUCAAGGAGGCCAACCUUCCUCCAGGAGGCAUGGCUGCAGUCGGUUUGACCUGGCAGGAGUGUUUGGCUCAGUGUCCACAAGGAGUCGUCCCAGCCUGUCACAACGCUGAGGACACCGUUACCAUCUCCGGUCCACAGGAAGCGAUCAGUAAAUAUGUGGCAGAGCUGAAAGAACAGGGUGUGUUUGCAAAGGAGGUCCGCAGCGCUGGCGUUGCUUUUCACUCCUAUUACAUGGCGUCCAUCGCUCCGGCCCUGCUGGCUGCUCUGAAGAAGGUGAUUAAGGAGCCACGACAGCGCUCUCCCCGCUGGUUGAGCACCAGCAUCCCGCAGGAUGAAUGGGACUCUCCUCUGGCUCUGACCAGCUCAGCGGAUUACCACGUCAACAACCUGGUCAGCCCCGUCCUCUUCCAGGAGGCACUCCGUCUGGUGCCUGAGAACGCUGUGGUGGUGGAGAUAGCACCUCAUGCUCUGCUACAGGCCAUCCUGAAACGGAGCCUGAAGCACACAUGCUCCAUCCUCCCCUUGAUGAAGAGAGGACACGCCAACAACCUCGAGUUCUUCCUCUCAAACAUUGGAAAAAUCUACAUGAACGGGAUCAACGUGGAUACUAACAACCUCUGCCCAGCAGUGAGGUACCCUGUGCCUGUUGGCACCCCACUGAUCUCCCCCUUGGUGCAAUGGGAUCAUGCCCAGACCUGGGAUGUCCCCAAGGCAGAACACUUUGUAUCUGGCUCAGGAGGUUCCAAUUCUGCUACUGUCUACAAGAUCGACAUAAACCCAGAGUCUCCUGAUUACUACAUGAUUGGACACUGCAUUGAUGGGCGCGUCCUUUAUCCAGACGGCUACCUGGUGCUGGCCUGGCGUACCUUGAUAAGAAAUCUGGGAGUUGUCAUGGAAACCAACCCCAUAACCUUCGAAGACGUCACCAUCCACAGGGCAACCAUUCUGCCAAAAAAUGGCUCUGUUCAGCUGGAGGUACGUCUCAUGCCCGCCACCAACAAGUUUGAGGUUUCUGAGAACGGGAAUCUGACUGUCAGUGGUAAGGUGAGCCUCCUGCAGGAUGCGGCCCUCGAUUCAUUCCACAGUCAGAUAAGUCAACAAACUACUAACGACGACAGUGACCCUAAAAUGAAGCUUACGGCUCCUGAUAUCUACAAAGAGCUGCGACUGAGGGGCUACGACUACGGGAAAACCUUUCAGGGCAUCUUAGAGUCCAACAAUGCAGGAGAUGUUGGGAAGCUGCAGUGGACAGGAAACUGGGUGACCUUUUUGGACACGAUGCUGCAGAUGAUCGUGGUCGGGCUGUCAGGUCGCAGUCUGCGUCUGCCAACCAGGAUCCGAUCAGUUUGCAUCGAUCCAGCUGUUCAUCAGGAGAAGGUCAGCGAGUACACUGACGGAAAGAAAGCUGUGAAUGUCCAUGUCAACCGUUGCCUCGACAACAUCACAGCUGGCGGAGUCCAGAUCUCUGGUCUUCAUGCAACUGUUGCACCCCGCCGGCAGCAGCAGCAGAGUCCCCCCACCCUGGAGGAGUUUGUGUUUGUGCCCUAUGUGGAGACUGAGUGUCUGACCGCCAACGGGAAGCACACCGAGCAGCUGAGGAUCUGCAAAGGUUUAAUCCACAGACUGCAGAGGAAGCUGGCCAAUCAAGGAGUCAAACUGUCCAUACCUGGGCUUCAAGGAGAGUCGGACGGCCCCCUCCCCAGCCCUGAGCCCUCUGAGCCCGGCCUGGUCCGGCUGCUGGCCCUGCUUUGCGGCCUGGAGCUAAACGGAAAUCUUCAAUCUGAGCUGGAGCAGACGGUGGAGAAAGAGAGGGCGUGUCUGCUGCAGGACGGCCUGCUGCAGGGUCUGCUUGACCAUCCAGCACUUAGACACUGUCUGGACACCGCCAUGGAGAACAGCACACCUGGCAAGAUUAAAGUUCUGGAGGCUCUCUCAGACGACGGUCAGCUCUUCUCCCGCGUGGUUCCCCUCCUGAACAUCCAGCCCAUGCUGCGUGUGGAUUACACCGCCACCACAUCCAACCUAGACCUUCUGACACCCCACCAGACCUCCCUGGAGGAACUGGCAGUGGCUUCAGCUCAGUGGGACCCCCUCACAGGCCCAGCUCCUGGAGGUGCUGUGGGAGGGGCUGACCUGGUGCUCUGUAACCACGCUUGGGGCCCUCUGAGGAUGGAUCCUGGACUGCUAGUGGCAAAUCUGGCUUCUGCAGCCAAACAAGGAGGGUUUGUUCUCCUGCACACCCUGCUGAAGGGAGAGACUCUUGGAGAAAUGGUUGCCUUCCUCUCCAGCAGCACUCAGAACAGCAGCCAGCAGGGACUCCUCACACAGGCUGAGUGGGAGAAGGUGUUCUCUGAGGCGUCUCUAAGCCUGGUCGCUGUCCGGAAGUCUUUCUCUGGCUCUGCUCUCUUUCUCUGUCGCUGUCAGGCUCCAGAGAAAAAACAGCCUGUUUUCAUACCUGUGGACGGUACCGACUACAAGUGGGUGGAUACACUGAAGACGACCAUUGCCGACUCAUCAGACUGUCCAGUGUGGCUGACUGCCUCUCAAAAUCAUUGUGGCAUUGUGGGAAUGGUCAACUGUCUGCGGCAGGAGCCCGGUGGUCACAGAAUACGCUGUGCAUUUGUUUCCAACCUGAACAAGUCUUCUUCAGUACCUACCCUUCAGCCGACCCAUAAGUCCAUGCAGUCGGUGCUGGACGGGGAUCUGGUCAUGAAUGUGUUCAGAGACGGACACUGGGGCGUCUUCAGGCACCAGCUGAUCUCUCAAGAUCUAAAUGAAGCGUUGACAGAGCACGCCUAUGUCAAUGUGUUGACUCGUGGUGACCUGUCUUCCCUGCGCUGGAUCGCAUCCCCGCUCCGACACUUCGUGACCAGCAACCCCAACGUGCAGCUGUGUCGCGUUUUCUACAGCUCGCUGAACUUCAGAGACAUUAUGCUGGCCACGGGAAAACUCCCUCCAGACGCAAUCCCAGGUGACCUGGCUCUGCAGCAGUGCAUGCUGGGUAUGGAGUUUUCCGGUCAGGACCCCAGCGGCCGGCGUGUGAUGGGACUGCUUCCGGCCAAAGGGCUGGCGACGAGUGUGGAUGCUGACAAACGCUUCCUGUGGGAUGUUCCCUCCAGCUGGACACUGGAGCAGGCAGCCUCAGUCCCGGUGGUCUACGCCACAGCGUACUACUCUCUGGUGGUGCGGGGCCGGCUCCGCUCUGGAGAGUCUGUUCUCAUCCACUCAGGGUCAGGGGGCGUCGGCCAGGCUGCCAUCGCCAUAGCUCUGAGCAAGGACUGUAAAGUCUUCACCACAGUCGGUUCGGCAGAGAAGCGUGCGUACUUGCGGGAGCGGUUCCCUCAGCUCUCUGCAGACUCCUUUGCUAACUCCAGAGACACUUCAUUUGAAGAACACAUCCUGCUGCACACACAGGGAAAAGGUGUGGACAUUGUGCUGAACUCUUUGGCUGAGGAGAAGCUGCAGGCCAGUAUUCGCUGCCUGGCCAGACAUGGACGCUUCCUGGAGAUCGGAAAAUACGACCUGUCCAACAACUCUCCUCUGGGCAUGGCUCUGUUCCUGAAGAAUGUAGCGUUCCACGGCAUCCUGCUCGACGCUCUCUUUGAAGAGGGCAACAAGGAGUGGGAGGAAGUGUCCCAGCUGCUGAAGGAAGGCAUCAUGGGAAGUGUAGUCCAGCCUUUAAAGACCACAGUGUUUGAGAGGGACCAGGUGGAGGAAGCAUUCAGAUACAUGGCUCAGGGCAAACACAUCGGCAAAGUCCUCCUGCGGGUCUGUCAUGAAGAGAAAGCUGCCGCGGUCGUGAAGUCCUCCCCUCUGUCUCUCCCGGCGAUUUGUCGUACAUUCUGUCGCCCCUCCCACUCUUACAUCAUCACUGGGGGACUGGGGGGCUUCGGUCUGGAGCUCGCUCAGUGGCUGACAGAGAGAGGGGCUCGCAAGCUGGUGCUGACGUCCAGAUCAGGAAUCAGGAAUGGUUACCAGGCAAAGCGAGUGCGUGAAUGGCAGAGUCACGGUGUGGAAGUGCUUGUGUCGACAAACGACGUCAGCACGCUGGAGGGAACCGAACAUCUGAUCGCUGAGUCCAGCUCACUGGGCCAAGUGGGCGGAGUCUUCCAUCUCGCUAUGGUGUUGAAAGAUGGCAUGUUGGAGAAUCUGACUCCUCAGCUCUUCCUCGAUGUAAACAAGCCGAAGUAUGACGGCACCGUAAAUCUAGAUAAAGUGACGAGACGCUUGUGUCCAGACCUCAGCUACUUUGUGGCCUUCUCCUCUGUCAGCUGUGGUCGUGGCAACGCCGGUCAGAGUAACUAUGGUUACGCCAACUCCGCCAUGGAGCGCGUGUGUGAAAAGAGGCGCUUUGACGGCUUGCCUGGUCUGGCAGUCCAAUGGGGAGCCAUCGGGGACGUGGGCGUGGUUCUGGAGACCAUGGGAGGCAAUGACACAGUGAUCGGUGGCACCCUGCCGCAGCGCAUCGCUUCCUGUCUUGAGGUGCUGGACCGCUUCCUGUGCCAGCAGCAGGCGGUGAUGUCAAGCUUCGUGCUGGCAGAGAGGAUGGUGGUGAAGAGAGAGGCAGGGAGUCAGAAGAGCCUGGUGGACACUGUUGCUCACAUUCUGGGUGUACGCGAUGUGAGCAGCCUGAAUGCUGACGCCUCAUUGGCUGAUCUGGGCCUCGACUCGUUAAUGGGCGUGGAGGUUCGUCAGACCCUGGAGCGAGACCACGAAAUUGUCAUGACCAUGAGGGAGAUCCGCCUGCUGACCAUCAACAAGCUGCGAGAUCUUUCUAAUAACAAGACAACUGGAUCAAAUGCAUCUUCUAACGCCACAGCUGAAAAGAACAGUGUUCAAUCUGUGUUGGAAUCUGACCUGACCCAGAUCUUAGUCAACCCCAGCGACUCCACAGUGACGCUGCUGAACGAAGUUCAGAGCCAGGAGAGACCUUUGUUCCUGGUCCAUCCCAUCGAGGGCUCCAUCACUACCUUUAAGACGCUCGCUUUCAAGCUCAGUGCACCCUGCUACGGCCUGCAGUGCACCAAAGCUGCUCCUCUGGACAGCAUCAAGUCUCUGGCAGCAUACUAUGUGGACUGUAUUAGACAGGUGCAGCCCAACGGGCCGUACCGGGUCGCUGGAUACUCCUUUGGCGCCUGCGUGGCGUUUGAGAUGUGCUGUCAGCUCCAGAUGUUGAACCAGCCUGUGGAGCACCUGUUCCUGUUUGACGGCUCACACUCCUAUGUGGCAGCAUACACACAGACUUACAGAGCCAAGUUGACACCAGGAAAAGAGUCUGAGGCUGAAACCGAAGCCAUGUGUGCUUUCAUCCAGCAGUUCACCAGCAUUGAGUACAACAAGCUUGUGGAGGUUCUUCUCCCGCUGAGCGACCUGGCAGCCCGUGUAAACUCUGCAGUGGACCUGAUCUCCAGACACAAGGACAUCAGCAAGGACAUGCUUCACUUCGCAGCCAGCACCUUCUACGAGAAACUGAAGGCUGCUGACGGCUACGUACCUGUGACUAAAUUUCACGGCAAUGUGACGCUUCUGCGAGCCAAAACAAGCAGUGAAUACGGACAAAGCCUGGGAGCAGACUACAAGCUAAGCGAGGUAACAUACAUACAUUUAAGGCCAUUUCACACUGAGUCCGUUUUUUUAUCACCCGUAAUUGAUGCACGUUAAAUAAAAUAUAUACAAUUCGAUGUUAUGUUCGCACACUGACUCCGAAUCUUUCGUCCGUCAUUAUAUUUUUCAGAACGGGUUAAAUUUUCUGUGUGUGUCUGUAGUGUCCCUCAGACACUGUUCAGCAUCAGUUGCUUC